AUGUUCAGAUCAUUGGGCAUAAGGCCUCUUACAAGGCUUGCCAACAACCGUUGUAUGUCACAGCCAAACUUGGUCAACUCUUGUGCUGCCAGAAACUUCUCAUCUGCUGCUCGUCGAUAUCAAAAAGAGAUUGAAUUUCCAGAUGAAUCCGAGGGUGAGAGAAAGUGGUCGACGCCUUUGGCUAAACAGCUCUUUGCUGCUAUCUCAACAACAGGACCUGUUCCAUUGGCGAGCUACAUGCGAAUGUGCUUAACUGGUGAUAUUGGAGGAUACUAUACUGGAGCCAUUGGUGAAGGCCGAGACCAAUUUGGAACAAAGGGAGACUUUGUCACUUCACCAGAGAUCUCUCAAAUCUUUGGCGAACUCAUUGGUAUUUGGUUCAUCGCUGAGUGGAUGAGCCAGGGUCGACCAAAGCAGGGGGUUCAGAUUAUCGAGGCUGGACCUGGUCGUGGUACGCUGAUGGAUGAUAUGCUUCGAACAAUCCAAAGAUUCCCUGCUAUGGCCAACAGCAUCGACGCUGUCUACAUGGUUGAGGCCAGUCGUGAGCUCCGAAGUGCUCAGAAGGAACUUCUUUGCGGACCUGAUGCCUCGUCGUCAGAGUCAGAGUCUGGCUUUCGCAGUGCUAGCAAGUACAACGGCAAACAGAUCGUUUGGACCGACAACAUCAAGUCAAUCCCAUACGAAUCUGACAAGAUGCCUUUUAUAAUUGCCCAUGAGUUUUUUGACGCACUGCCUAUACACAGUUUCCAAUCCGCCCCUGCUCCUCCACCUCAACCAAAGCCCUCUUCAUCUACUUCAGCUCCCCAGCCACCACCUGAGAACACCAAACCCACCAUGGAAUGGCGAGAGAUGAUGGUGUCACCUACACCACCGGGCGUCACUCAUGCCCAGCUCGGAACACCAAAGUCAGAGCAACAUGAGCCUCCCCCUGAAUUCCAGCUUACUCUUUCGUCUACCCCUACCCGCCACUCUCGCUUCCUGCCCGAGACCUCUACUCGAUACCGCAAGCUCAAGAGCAUGCCUAACUCGAAUAUUGAAAUCUGCCCGGAUGCUUCCAUCUUUGCUACAGACUUUGCGACUCGUGUCGGUGGUUCGGAUGAACAUCCCAAGCCCAAGCCCAGUGGUGCCGCUCUCAUUCUUGAUUACGGAACUUCAGACACUGUCCCUAUCAACUCACUUCGAGGCAUCCGUCACCACAGGCGUACAAGCCCCUUUUCCGCGCCUGGCUUGGUUGACCUGAGCGCUGAUGUUGAUUUCACCGCCAUUGCUGAGGUGGCUAUGUUGGCAAGUGAGGGCGUUGAGGUCCAUGGUCCUGUCACCCAGGGCGAUUUCCUCGGGGUCAUGGGUAUCCGUGAACGUGCUGAACAGUUGACCAAGGCUCCUGGUGUGGAGAAGGACACCGUUGACAAGAUCGACGGGGCUUGGAAGCGUCUUGUUGACAAGGGCCCAGAUGGAAUGGGUAAAUUGUACAAAGUGUUAGCUAUUCUGCCCGAAAACGAUGGUCGAAGACGGCCAGUCGGAUUUGGGGGCGAUGUCUUGGGUUAG